AUGUACAAGGGCGACCCUGACGUCGACGACCCAUACGAAGAUACGGUGGAAAAGAAGUUUCUGGCAAUGGACUUCAUCUCGGACAGGGACUUGAUAUCGACAAAUGGCAGCAGAUACCCCGAAGGCUCCCAACCACAUCGUGUGCCAUUCCGUUUCAUAAUUCCAGACCACCAGAUUCCUCCUCACCGAGAACGUGAGAGUGCGAGCGCAGCUUUCCUCCAAUUACCUCCUUCCUUGCGAGGGGGCUCGGAGUUCGUGGAUAAUUCGAACAGCAAAGUAUACAUGCAGCCGCUUGUUCAAUACACGCUGCAUGCAAAUUUGAUAGCCCAUCGGUAUUCCUCGCACAGUGUACUACCGUUUAAGCUUGAUUCAACAGUCGAAAUACAAAUCUGUCCGCGGUCUGGCUGCCAGCCUCCGACUGCAGUCGACGAUUUUCCCGGGGAGUUCCAGUUAACUUCUGUGAGACGCAUCCGCCAACAUCCACUCUGGGGACGAACGCUGGGGGGAAUGACGAUAACGACGACAGAGCCUCCCCCGGUUGUGAUAGGCACGAGUAAUGCUACGGCUCAAGCAACCUCGCAAUGCAAAAUCACUCUGAUAUUCAAGCCGAGGAACCCCACAAAGGCAGCGAUCCCACCACUAGGUCUCCUGAGAGGCAUCAUCAGAGCCCAGCUCCAUAUUAAGACAUACUACUCUACCCAGACGUUUCAGCAGGUGCCGCAGAGGCCGCCGCUACGGACACAAACACGGACCCUUCCAUCGUCUGCCUUCCGGCUGCGAUCCGAGUUUCUUGAAUUGGGCACCUACCGUGUGCAGAUCACACAUUGGGAAUUCGCCAGCCCAUCCGCUGCUAGUAAUAGCACUAGCCCUGGGACUUCGUGCAAAUUCGGAGCAGAAUGGGCCUCGUCAAUUUGCCUGCCAAUUCACACGCCAGCUGGGAUUGUUCCAACCUUCGCCUCUAGCUUUGCCGUACGAUCAUACUGCCUAAGACUGAAUAUUGUGCUGAAUGGCUUGUCUCACAAGCCAUUUGAAUUGGAGUCUCCCCUGCAAAUAAUUUACGAAAAUCGAGAGGGGUGCAGUGCCGGCUUUUCUCUUCCAUAG